CUCUCGCAGACACAAGACGUCGUCGCAUCAUGUCGGGAUACAUACACCUCGCCGGCGACAGUGUCGAAGACACCACCAAGGACCAGGCUUCCAAGGAAGCGCUGCUGUCCGCCGACUCCGAGCAUGAUCAGUGGUCCGACGAGCAGACGUCGACUCGAGCCCGAAGCAACCUGCGAGGCGUUGUGUACAUCGCGCUUGUCCUGCUCCUCGUGAACGUCCUCGUGUGGGCGAUCGCGGGGUCGAAGCUCAGGACCAUCUAUCACACCAUCCAAGACAACUUGGACGUCGUUGACACGCGCCUGCUCCCCCGGCCCGAUGUAGGGAACGGCGUAAAGCUGACAGCACAAUCACCAUGAGGAGCACUAGUAGGAGCUGGUAGCGUUGAUGCACGCGGAGACGUGUUACGCGGGGUGUACUCACCUCUGUAAUCAGAGGAUCUCGCUGUAGACCAAGAAGAUAGCAGGGGACACUGUAUGACUUGAAGCACAACACAAGGCCAAGCUUGUUGUCG